CAUAUUUCGGAUCUCCUCCUGGUGGCCCCCAUGUGAUUGUAUUCGCUUGAUUGCUGGGAGGAAAGCGGGCACUGCUUUGCUCCUGAAGAGCCGCACGAUUCUGGUGAACUAAGGCGCGUCAUGGACGGAGAACUUCAUUUGUAUCUACGAAACGCAUCCCUCGAUGUGGAAUAACUGCUGCUAAAAGAGAUCAGGACAAAUGACAUAGGAUGAACACUGUUGCCCGGCUGUGUCUGUGUGUGCUGUCGUCCCUUCUCGCCCUGGACUGGGUGGCGGUGCCCCUGUGCCAGGCCUCCCCUUGCUCCUCUCUGGUGGCAGGGGUACUCUACGGCUCCUUCUCACUCAGGGACUUGUUUCACGGCCUGCUCGGCCUGUCUCCUGGCUGUUCAUGGACCGUAGAGAACCCUGAUCCCACCAAGUAUACCCUCUACUUUCGAUUCAACCGCCACGCCGGUUUCUGCCUGGCAUUUUCCCCGCUUGUGUUGCCCCUGGACCACUACCUAGCCAAUCAGACAUGUGGCCAGGGGUCGCCGGAUCCGGAUUCCGUGGAGCUGUGCCGAGUUCCCGGCCCUCACACCUUCCUGCAGUUCGAUAAGAACUUCGUGCAGCUGUGCCUUCUUAAUCAUUCUGGCCAAGAAUCUGGGGAAGCGAGGGCGCCUCUGUCUGCCGAAACUCUGGACUUUAGGCUCGUGGAAGUUCUGUUGAUCAACAAUGAGAAUUCCAGCCAGUUCACGUGUGGAGUUUUGUGCCGCUGGUUUGAGGAAUGUCUACGUUCCGGGUCUGGUAGAGAAAGCGAAGGCUGUGGGAUCACUCAAACAGGAUGUGUGUGUCCCAACUCUGGACCUCCUGUCCCGAUGCUGCCGGCCACGCCUCACAACCAUUCUUUGGACCCUAGUUCGAGUGUGUUGUUGCCUCCUACCGAUGAUUGCUGCGUCACCCAGCUGCACGGCAAGAAUGGGAUUUCUAACAUAGCGCCCAGGGAUGUUCGUCAAGACCCUGAUGAUGACGACGAGCUGAAGGUGAAGACCCAGCGGCCAAGAUCGGCCGACCAGCCAGGAGUUUUCCAAGCCCAAACAGGUGAUCCAGCAGCGGAGGAGUGGUCUCAGUGGAGUGUGUGUUCGUUGACGUGUGGGCAGGGGUGGCAGGUGCGUACCCGCUCCUGUGUGUCCUCUCCGUAUGGCACGCUGUGUAGCGGGCCUCUCAGAGAGACACGGCUCUGCAACAACACCGCCACCUGCCCAGGUGAGCCCCGCCAUCAAGCAGUGGACGGCCAGUGGUUGGACUGGACCUCGUGGUCUCAUUGUUCAGUAUCGUGUGGCACCGGCUCUCAGCAGAGACAGCGGCGCUGCAACGUGUCGGCUCACGGCAGGGCUGAAUGUAAGGGUCCGCAUUCGGAGACGAGGGAGUGCCCUAACCCGUCCUGCGGGGAAGGAGGAAGCUGGGGGGCAUGGAACCAGUGGAGCCAGUGCUCCAAGACCUGCGAUUCAGGUUGGCAGCGGCGUUUUCGGAUGUGCGAAGGCACGGGCGUGCGGAAUUAUCCCUGCGAUGGCUCCGAGGAGGAAGUGCGUUCUUGCAACGAGAAGAAAUGCCCAGCACCUCAUGAAAUAUGCAAGGAUGAGUACCAGGUCCUGUUGAUGUGGAAGAGAGCUUCAGCUGGAGAGACGGUCUACAACAAGUGUCCAUCAAAUGCCACUGGUUCUGCUAGUCGUCGAUGUUUGCUGGACGCAAAUGGAGUUGCUUACUGGGGUCCUCCGAGCUUCGCCCGAUGCAUCUCACUUGAGUAUAGAUAUUUACAUUUAUCUUUACGAGAGCAUCUUGCGAAGGGUCAGAGGACCCUGGCAGGGGAGGGCAUGUCUCAGGUCGUGAGGAGUCUCCUGGAGUUAAUGUCCCGCCAUAGUUAUUAUAGCGGUGACCUCUUAUUCUCCGUGGAGAUUCUCCGAAAUGUGACUGACACCUUCAAGCGAGCAACCUACAUCCCAGCUCCCGACGAUGUGCAGAAAUUUUUCCAGAUAGUCAGUUUAAUGUUGGACACAGACAAUCUAGAGAAAUGGGAAGACGCCCACCAGGUCUCUCCAGGUGCUGUGCAGUUAAUGCGAGUUGUGGAAGAUUUUAUCCAUCUCAUCGGAGAGGCACAGAAGCCUUUUCAGAGCUUCCUGGCUGUCACCACUAACCUCAUAAUCAAUAUCCAACGUGAGCCGGUGUCGGCCGUCUCCAGCGACAUUAACUUUCCUAUGAAGGGAAGGAGAGGGAUGAAGGACUGGGCCCGAUCAGCAGAGGACAAGCUGUUCAUCCCCAAAGAGGUCUUUACUCUGUCCUCGGAUGAAUCAGAAGAAGCUUCGUACUUUGUCAUCGGAUCGAUCCUGUACCGCACCCUCGGCUUCAUCCUACCACCACCCAAAGAACCGAUGGUGAUUAGCUCCAAGAUUUUAAGCGUCACAGUGCGUCCUCUCCCAAAACUCACAGAGCCGGUGGUGGUGGUGGAACUGGCACCUCUGCUCAAUGGCACGUCAGAUCCGCAGUGUGUUGUUUGGGACUACAGCAGCUCGGAGACUGGUGAAGAAAACUGGGACUCCGAGGGAUGCAAAACACUCCCAUCUACGACAUUCCAAACCAAAUGUCUCUGCAGCAAGAUCUCCACCUUUGCAGUGUUAGCACAGAAAGCUAAAGAGUCGGAAAUGGGACCCUCCAGUAUGCCGUCAGUGCCCCUCAUGGUGGGCUGUGGGGUGUCCUGCACUGCUCUGCUCAUUAUUCUGUUCAUCUAUGCUGCCUUUUGGAGGUACAUCCGCUCGGAGAGGUCCAUCAUCCUGGUGAACUUCUGCCUGUCCAUACUGGCCUCCAACGUUCUCAUACUGGUGGGACAGUCUCAGACACUCAGCAAGGGGCUGUGCACUGUGACCGCCGCCUUCCUGCAUUUCUUCUUUCUGGCCUCGUUCUGCUGGGUUCUGACCGAAGCAUGGCAGUCCUACCUCGCCGUGGUCGGCAAGAUCAGGACUCGGCUCAUUCGCAAGCGCUUCCUGUGCCUGGGUUGGGGUUUGCCAGCGCUGGUGGUCGCCGUGUCAGUAGGAUUCACCAGAGCCAGAGGUUACGGCACGCCAAAUUACUGUUGGUUGUCUCUAGAAGGGGGUCUCUUGUAUGCGUUUGUCGGUCCUGCAGCUGUCAUCGUUUUGGUGAACAUGUUGAUUGGGAUCGUGGUUUUCAACAAGCUCAUGUCGAGAGACGGAAUCUCGGACAAAUCCAAAAAACAGAGAGCAGGUCCAUCGCUGGAGGGGCGUGGCAGGCUGCUUCUGAAAUGCUCCAAGUGUGGCGUGAUCUCCAGCACCGCUCUGUCCAGCUCCACCACCAGCAGCGCCAUAGCAUCGUUAUGGAGCUCAUGUGUUGUUCUGCCUCUGCUGGCGCUCACCUGGAUGUCAGCGGUCCUCGCCAUCACUGAUCGACGCUCCACGCUGUUCCAGAUCCUCUUCGCUGUGUUCGACUCUGUGCAGGGCUUCGUCAUCAUCACCGUUCACUGUGCCAUGAGAAGAGAGGUGCAGGACGCUGUGCGGUGCAGGAUGGGUGGAUGUAAAGACGACAGUGAGAACUCUCCAGACUCCUGCAAAAACGGACAGGUGCAGAUUAUGACUGACUUUGAAAAAGACGUAGACCUGGCAUGUCAAACAGAGCGAGGACAUCCAUUCAUCUUUAAGGAGGUGAACACCUGUAACCCAGCCAGCAUCACGGGCACACUGUCACGGAUCUCCCUGGAUGACGAGGACGACCCCAAGCUAGCUACCCAUCAAGAAGGUCUCAACUUCAGCAGCCUGCCUGGCAACAUCCCAACUCCCAAUCUACUGGCACAGGUUCCAAAUCUGAGCACCUUGAAUGAGCUGAGCGAGACGCCCCUGAAGAAGGAGAUCAAUGUGGAGCAGCAGGGUCAGCGACAGCGCUCAGCACCUGUCUACCUUUGCACCGAGAGUGGACUCGGCUGGGCCAGACCUCCUACUCUUACCACGGAUACAGCAGGCACCGGAGGGGGUGGCGAGGGAGACUAUAUGGUGCUGCCAAGGCGGACUGUUAGUCUUAAACCCACUACAAUAAAAGAAGAGGAAAAACCUCUCAAUAUCAGUGUGGAUGAUCCACCUUUCCCUCCACCCCCCUCUCCCAUGGCCCUUCACCCGGCCGAGAGCGAGCCUUAUCCAGUGGACUUUCCCACUGUGGACCAUGUUGGCACAAGUCUCAAUCGAUCCUAUGGUGUGCUUAAGCAGGUGCCCGGCCUUGCCAAUGCCCACACGCUGCAGGUAAAACCAAGUCGGCCAUCCAUCAGGCAGAUCUUUACGUCAAGCAAGGCGGAACGCACCAGGACUCUUCCCCGCAACCUGGGCAGCACCAGUGCAAACCUCUCAGCCAGCUCCCUCGAAAAGAAAAGAGUACGGUACUCUGAGCUGGACUUUGAGAAAGUGAUGCACACUCGCAAGAGACACUCAGAGCUCUACCAUGAACUCAACCACUCCACCAAGUUCCACACCAUAGAUAGGUAUAGCAGGGAUUCUUCCAAAACCAAGUCCAAGAUGCAGGAUAAAUCAGCGGCGGAUGACCAGCGAUCCUGGGACAGCUUUAAAACAAUGACACCCAAACAAUCUUCUGGUUCUGGACAGAACACGGACCGAGUGGAGCUGCAUAGUAAAGCCUGGGACGCUUCCACCCCAAACACCCCCGACACUUCAGACGGAGACUUCCAGACUGAAGUGUGAGAGAGGGGGGAUAAAAAAGCUCUCACAUAGAUGUACUUAUCAACUGAGUGACUUUAACCAAGAGAGGAUCUAUAAAAUGAUUCACUUAUUUGCUGAGAUCAGAAUUAAAAAUGAAAAAGAGACGUCUAUAUUUUCUCACAGACAAUUUCACUGAAGGAACCGGGGCUCAGAGCGUAUAACGGGCAGAAUUUUUAACUAACUGUUUCUUGAAAUGUACUGAUUUUAGUCCGGAGAGGAUUCUCUUUCACACGUUUGAUGAUUUGGAUAUUUCGAGUACAAAAAAAAGAAGAAACAACAAUAUUUCUGCACCAUCUUUUUUAUAGAUAAUUAAAAAACGGCCCUCAUUUCCAUGUUUCACACACUUGACCGAUACCGGAUGGUUUUGUUUCUCCUUUAUGUUCUGUCUUUCCUAAUGGAUGCCUCAAGUGCUGGUUUCUUUAGUUCGUUCGAAUGGUUGGUUGGUUUCAUUUUGAGGAGGGGAAACGGGAACAUGUAACUGAUUAAUAUGAUGUCCCAUCAUCUGCUAUCUGUUACCCUGGAUUCGAACCUCCGUUGUUACUUUUUUUUGCACUUUUAUUUAGAUUUUGUUAUGUUUUUGUUGAUUCAUUUGCUUACAAUGGAAGAUAAAAAGAUGAAGUUUUGUGAAAGUUG